AUGCAGCAAACUGCUGCUGCUGCUCCUGCAUCAGCAGCAGCAGGCGCAACGACGGCAGAAACAGCGGAGGAUUCCGCUGCAACUCCAAAGCUCUCUGCAACAGAGGGAAGCAGCAGCAGCAGCAGCAACAGCAACAGCAACAGCAGCAGCAGCAGCAGCAGCAGCGAUCUGUUUGUAGUAGGGAUGUAUCAAUACGAAGAGGCCACCAGGACACGUAAGGGGGGCCUCUCCUUCUUCAGCCUGCAGCAGCAGCAGCAGCAGCAGCAGCAGCAAGAAGCAGCAGCAGCAGCUCCAUCUGUCCGUUGUGUUCUUGAGCAUUUAACAGAUUCUUUUGGGUGUCUAGACGCCCGAUGGCUCUGUGCUGCUGAUGGCUGCUGCUGCUGCAGCAGCAGCAACAGCAGCAGCGACGGGCUGCCGGGGGAUUUUGAUUCUCUGUUGGCCGUCAUUGGCUCGGAUUGCGCUUUGCAUGCAUUUCGAGUAUCGAGACACUCGGAUGACGGCGACGAAGGCAGCAGCAGCAGCAGCAACAGCAACAGCAAUAGCAGCAGCAGCAGCAGCAGCAGCAGCAGCAGCAGCAGCCUUAGCUGCAAGUCUAUAGCUCGUGUGCCGCUGCUGCUGUCACCAAGCAGAGAUCAAAUUGGCCUCAGUCUUGAUCCCCUACAUGGACAGCCAAAGCAGGCGCACGAAGCUGAGGCUUGGUCUAUUGCUGUUAGCCCAUCUUCUAACGGAACUAUCAUAGCCACAGGGGCAGAUGACUGUAAGCUGCGCCUAUGGGAUAUCCGCUGCUGCUGCAGUUCUGCUGCAGCAGAAGCAUGCAACAGCAGCAGCAGGAGCAGCAGUAGGAGCAGCAGCAGAAGUAGCAGCAGGAGCAGCAGCAGCAGCAGGAACCCCCUUUUGCAUGCAGAAAACAGCAGAAGCCACACCAUGGGGCUGAGGCAACCCCUCUUUGAGCAGGAGGCACUGGGGGGCGUCUGGAGGCUUCGCCCUUCAUGGGGGCCCCCUUGGGGGCCCCCAAUCAAGGGGCCCCCAGGGGGCCCCUCAGUGGCGGGGGCUGAUGCAGCGCCGCAGCUGCAGCGGCUGCUGCAGCAGCAACCCCACAAGUCUAUGAAUUACGGCAUAACUCAGCUGUGCUGUCUACCACAGGAGCAGCAACAGCAGCAACAGCAGCAACAGCAGCAGCAGCAGCAGCGAUUUAUUGGGGCCUCUGUUGGCUUUUAUGAUAAAAGUAUUUGUGUAUGGCAGCAACUCCUGCCUGUCGAUGAUAACAUCGGCAAACCCUAA